CCCUCCCAAACACACACACCUACACCACACACCACCCAAACCAAACUAAAUACCCAAAAUGUCCGUCCCCAAAUUCACCGAAUCCCUCUCGGCCGCGCAAUCCGGCGCCAAAUUCACUCCCGCCGUGCAAACCGCCGCUAGCAAGAUCGAUGCCUCGGCUCUGUCGGCCGCCAUCGAGAUCGUGCUCGCCGGUGGUGACGAUGCCUCGGUGGAGGGUGAGCAGGCUGUCGCUCUGAAGAGCGGGUUUGAGUUUGCUACGGAGUUGGUGAAGAUGUUGGGGUCUGAGCCGGGGAGUGAGGAGAAACUUGAUCUGUACAAGUACUUCAAGCGUGCUCGGAAUGAGACGCCUGCUGAGCCGUCGUUUUAUCAGAUGGAGGCCAAGUUCAAGUACAACGCCUGGAAGAGCAUUAGCCACGUCAGCCAGGCCAAGGCUCAGGCUCUCUACAUCAAGCAGGUUGAGACUCUGAUUGUCAAGUACGGUACUCGCGACUAGAUAGAUCUUGGACUGUUGGUUCACUAGAUACUGGACUGGAUCUGGAUACAUGGGUUGCGGUGAUGGAUGAGUUAUGAUAUUGCAUAGUCAUCGAUUGGUUCAUCUCUCUCUCUCUCUUUCUCCCUCUGUAUGUGGGUGUGUGUUGGGAUGGGAGUUGUAGGCUGUAGAUGGGUAGUUGGUUAACCCUCCCAGGUCUGCCCGAGCCAGUCUGGUUCGCUGUGGCUGGCUGUUGCGCACCAUGGUGUAUCGUCGGCCGUGUAUCGUGUCAAAGGCAGGUCGUAGGGCAUGCGGAAUCCAAUGACGGUGUCUGCA